GUUCGGAUAUAAAUAGAUAAACCUCACACUUUAAGUAUUGAUUUUUCAAGUCGGAGCAAAGUUAUUGAUAAGUAAAUUGAUAACUUAUUUGAUAAUGUAAAUAUUUUGGAUAACAAAGACGUGUAAUAGAAAAGAGUGAGUAAACCAUUGGUAAUACAACAACUAUAAUGGAUAAACUAUCACAAAAACUUUACGAUACCGACAGGAGAAUAAGAGUUAGCAAAGACAAUGAAGUACUUCGCAUUCAACGCUCAAUAGAAAGAACGAUGCUAACCAUUUUGGAUAGGGUGAAACUCAGAGACACGCGACUGUCUUUUAACUUGUUAAAGGUAGGAAGCUAUUAUGACGGUCUUAAGAUAGGUUUUCCAGACGAGUUUGAUUUUCUGGCAGAAAUGGUUGACAUGAAAGAAGGAAAAGACUUCAUCGUUAGAUCGACGGGGUUUAAUGGAACGAAGAAUUUAUGGAAAUGUUCAGAAGGUCAACCCGGAAGAAGAAAAAUUCAAUAUGUUGGAAAUCAUCUACAUUGCUCUGAUAGUCAAGGAGGUGAAAAUUGGAUGAAGGAAAUUGGGAAAAAGAAAGAGCCCGAAUAUCUAAUUGACUGCAUAUCAGUAAAGAACACAUUUUAUGACAAUGUUCUAGCUAUUUUUGAAACACUCUCACAAGAAGAUCUACCAAAAUACUUACAAAAAGGAACAACACCAACCUUUAUACACGGUCCUGCAGUUACCUUAGAAUUUAUAUGGAAUGGAAGGUCAUUAAAAAAUCUAACAAUAAGUGUAGAUAUAACUAUCUGUAUGAAAGUAGACAACUGGCGCUCAUGUAUAGACACAUUCGAAUGGAUAACUGACGGUAGUAUUAUCGCAAACACCUUAAGAAAUACACUAGACAAAGAUGGGUUUCAUUUAACACCGUACAUAUCGGACAAAGGUCACACAUGUCAAUGGCGGGUUUCAACAUCAUACACCGAACAUGUAUUGAUGGAAAGCUUUGGCUACGAUUCGAAAUUGAAGAUUGCUAUACGAUGCUUAAAAUAUAAAAGAGAUGAGCACGUCACAAAGAUACCUGAAGCAUCAGACAUGGCAGAUUUGGCAGACAUAAUCCAGUUCGCCAGGUUGUAUACAGCUGUCGACGAUGAGCAACAGCUCGUGACAUCGUACAUGAUAAAAACUACUGCAUUGGUGACUUUAGGUUUGCUAACUCGGAAACGCUACAACCGGAUGUCCCUGUCAGUAUUGUACAAAUAUCUUACCGUUAGACUGUACACUUCAAUCAAACUCGGUACUCUACGAAUGUUUUUCAUAAGUGACUAUAAGCUUCGUGUUCCAGCAUUUGGAGAAAUUCUACCUGGAUUUAAAUCCCUUGUAGAAACGAUAGAUGAAGAAAAUGUUCCAAAUGAAGACACAUUUCCGGACAAUAGUGAAGACAUUGAAUACUUUAGCGAUGAAGUGGAGUUUGAAUUUAAAUACACAAAUGAAAUGUUUAGACGUAUAAAGCGUGAUAUCGAAAUGCAAUACAAUUUCAUAUGGAGAAACAUGUAUGCAUUUUGAAUGAAACCGAUCUAGACAGAUAUAAACUAAACUAUAUGUAGGGAAAAAAACUGAUUUUGAAAAUAUCUUGAACUGAACUGAUAGUCGAAGCCGGUUAGAAAUUUUGUUUCAUUUGUACUUUUUUAAAGUUUAAGAACAUGAAUUUCUUCACUUGCCAAUUGCCUUUUUUCUUCUGAUAAUAAGUUUUGUUUACUACUGUUACAUAUGUAUUCAAAUAAUAAAUUUUGUUUACUACUGUUACAUAUGUAUUCAAAUAAUAAGUUUGAUUGAAAAACUGUCCAAUUGUUACUUGGGUGAAACUUUAUGUCAAACAUACAAAAUUAUGAUCAAUUUUGAAACAUAAAUCAAAAUUCAAUUUUGUUUUGGUGUGUGUGUGUGUGUGUGUGUGUGUGUGUGUGUGUGUGUGUGUGUGUGUGCGCGCGUGUGUGUGUGUGUGAUGGUGCGUGCGUGCGUGCGUGUGUGUGUUUGUGUUUUUUAUUGUUGUUGUUGAUGUUUUAAAUAUUUUACCAGACGACAAAUAUUUAUUUAUUCGAUUGUUUUUACGUUUUUCCGUUUAAGGUACGGAAUCUUAUCUCAUAAAUGUAAAGGUACCGCUAUGUGAAACAAUUUACAGGGAAAAUAUUAACAUAAAUGCAAGAUAGCAUUACAAUGUUAUCAUGAACGAUAAUUGAUAUCUUGAUGUCGAGUAUUGCGUAAACA